CCCCGGUAAACAGCUAUCGGGGUGGAGCAGAUUUUCCAACACAAUCGAUGUAAAAAAAAAAAGGACAAAAAUGGGGCUCGGUGUCGACGAGUGAUAUAAAUAUGAAGUGUGACACCUUUGCCAUCGCUUCGCCUUACCAGAUGACAAACUAACCCUGGAAACCAGCCAACGGACUGGGCUGUAUGGCGGGUCUGUCAUAUUUGGUGCUCCGGUUUUCGGGCUCUGCUGGUCGGACGUACGGAAUAUUUUCGAAAGGCUUGACGAGGACUUUGUUGAUAUUUUUUGAUCUCGCAUGGCGGCUGCGAAUCAGAUUCCCCUAUGUCUACCUCGUCGCCUCUAUGAUGUUUAAUGUGAGAUUACAGGUUCACAUCGAAAUCCACUGAGUCUUCAAUGGCUGCAUUAACACUUAACAAUGGAUAGUGUGCACUGCCACGUUCCAGCCAUCAGAAAACACCGGCUGACCACACACAGCGAUGUGAAGAAAGAAGACACUUCAAGACACUUCAGUCCAACACAAUAACGUGGCUGUUCGUUUUUGCCGCCAGUUACACGGCCCGGCGCCUUUGCAGGUGAAGGGAAGCGGUGAUGUCUGCAGAUAUGAGACAGGGUGAGCGGCGAUAGAUGGAGCAGAUGGAGCGGGGAAAGAGCCCAGCAGUCACCGAUUCAGGAGAAGCUCGUCAGGUGCAUGAAGAUAUUUCCCCCGCCUUUUCUCUCUGAUAUCGAGGACUGUAGCAUGAAUGAUUGUUGCUGUGAAAGCUUAUAGUUUCUCUUUAUGUCUUACAUGUACAGCUGACCUAAAUUAACAGUAUUAGUAAUCACCCAAAUCCUUUUUUAUGUUUCUGUAAUGGUUAAUCCACCAGUAUGUGCACGUUCUAUAAUUAAAAUUAUAUUUUA